CGCGCCGCGUUUUUCGUUAGUGAGCUUCCAUGUAACCGAGUACUGCGAUACGCUCGAUACCACGCGCCACAAAUAUUGUGAAAGUGCUGCUUGUUGUACGUGAUUUGUAGAAGUGAGAGUACAUUUGCCGCGAACGAGUCGCGAAGAUUAAGAACAAUUUCUAAACUAUCGAAUUCGGGAAUUGUUUUUGAAUUCGUCACAGGAGUGGGUUCAAUGGAAGCGAGGUUCGUAACUUGCCGGAGUUUCCAGCAGAUCAAGCCGCCCGAAAAGACCCUAGCGCCGCAGCCGACGGUGAAGGGCCUACUGUCCAGAUUCGGGAGCCAGGCUCAAGCACUUUUCGCCCCCAAGAAGACACGUUUUGGAUCUUCGGUGGCCAUCCACAAACUCCGCGAGACCAAGUGGUUUAAGCACGAUGAACAGAACAUAUUAUGCGCUGUUCUGGAAUCAGGAUUCAUCCUCGAGGUGCGAGCUCAAGACCCUUUGCCGCCAGAUUCGACUCUCUCACCAGACUACCAUAUGUAUGCCGUCGCCAUGUGGAAGAAGGGUAAAGAAAAAACAAAGAACCCCGAACAGAUAGACGUCUACACGGUACAACAGAAAGGUGUGAGAAAACGUGUGAUAAAAACAACGUUAAGCGCAUUCUGGAAGCAAGACUCUGUUAUACGCAUCAACAACGUGGACGACAAACAGGAGACACCGAACAGCGAAAAAGAUAUCAGAUCUAAGUUGGAUAUGGCAACUAAGUCCAGAUUCGAGAGAAACUGGCAUAAUACCCUGCAUUUCGUCCAUUGGUGCCGUUACGGUGAGACGCCGCAAGAAGCUCGCAUGAGACAGAUUAGCGAGUCUCUUAAAUGGGGCAACGUUGGGAUGAACAUGGGCGUGAUGCUCGUCAGCCAACACAACAAAAGGGACAAGGCAAAGUCAGUUUGAGAAAAGCAUUCCAGCGGCAACACCGCUGGCAAAUAUUCAUGCUACGCUUGCUUCAGAUGGCCAACAUCAGAAAUCGAUUACGUAUGACAGAUUAUUCGUGGUCGUACUAAGCAGCUCUGUAUAGUUCCUCGUUUUUUGAAUUUCAACUUGGUUAAUACUAUUUUCUUUGGAGUAUUUCUCUGUUCUGCCAGUAUUCGUUUUAUUCUUUUUCGAAAAUUUCGUAGCGUAUAUUCGAGAACCGUUUUUAACUGUAGUAUUCAAAAGUAUUUUAAUUAAAACGAUCUUUUCUAUUAAUUUCGCUAGUAUAACAGUAUGUAAAGAAAAAAUUAAGAAAGAAAAUAUGAAACAUUCCUAAGUAAGAAACAAAAAAAGACGCCAAUCGGCUCGAAACUAUUAUUUUAUUAUUUAUGUCAUAGUUUAUGUCAUAGUUAUAACUAACUCUUGAUAUUACUGGGUUAACAUCGUUGUUUAUCUUAAGCGAAUUGUAGUUAGCUAACACAACAUAAGAUUUAAUUAGGCACCAGGAAAUUAUAGAAAGCAUUUUCCACAUAAAAAAAAAGGAAGAAAUUUAAAUGUUUAAAUUCGUUAUUGGACCAUAAAUUUGUACAACGAAAAAUGGUCGUCAUCAAUUUCAUUUUGUUAGUCGAUGCAGUACUUUAAAAUUUAGUUCGACUAACAUCACAAACUAUGUACUUACCAUUGAAAUUUAUUUUGUCUGAUCACAAAUUUGACAUUUAACCGACAGUUCUACUUUUUUAAUCCGACCUUUUUCGUUUUUAAAGUUCAUCCAAUUUGAAUUAAGAACGAUUCAUUUUGGUGACAUAAAUUUUAAGUUAGAAUCCGUGUUUGAAUUGACAUUUCGAAUUUGACAUGUUACGUUUUUUUUUUCUUUUAAAGUUGUGCCUACUGCUCUUAUGUUUGGCUGUAAGUUUUUAAUGACAAUAUUUAAGGUCUGAGAGUGACGACCUAGUCCUGAAAAUUACUUCAACAAUAUCUAUUACAAGACUGUAUUAUUAUUUUCUUAAAACUUCGACUUAAACAGAAUUUACUGCUCAAGGACGUUUAAUAUUCAUAAUUUUUGCCGCCUAAGUCACUGAUAAGACUUCGGUUGGAUUUUUACAUGAUUAUUUUACAUAAUUAGAUGUUUACGUUGAUCGUGACCAUGCUGACUGUUGUGAAUGUACUAGUGUAAGUUUUGAAUGUUCUAUUUAUGUAUAAUGAAGAAUUUUUUAAACGAUUAAAUGAUUAAAAGAAAA